GUGGCCUUGCGGCUCGCCCGGAAGCGACGCUACUGUUUUGCUCCGGCAGUUCCGGUGGUGGUGGUGGGGCCGCUAUGGAUAUCCUGAAGGGAGAGAUCAGCCGGAAGCGGCAGCAGCUGGAGGAGAAGGAGCUCCUGGGGGGAAGUAAGAAAUAUUUCAAACGCAGUGAGUUAGCUAAAAAAGAAGAGGAGGCCUAUUUCCAGAGAUGUGGCUACAAGCCAGUAAAUGAGAAGCCACCUGGAGAGGUACAGGAGGAAGAAGAGGAAGAGAAACCACUGACUUCGUCAAAUCCAGUGCUGGAGCUCGAACUAGCAGAAGAAAAGUUACCAAUGACCCUUUCCAGACAGGAGGUUAUCAGGAGGUUACGAGAGAGAGGUGAGCCCAUCAGGCUGUUUGGGGAAACAGACUAUGAUGCAUUUCAGCGCCUGAGGAAGAUAGAAAUUCUUGCACCUGAAGUGAACAAGGGUCUAAGAAAUGACCUGAAGGCUGCUUUGGAUAAGAUUGACCAGCAGUAUCUGAAUGAAAUCGUAGGCGGCCAAGAAGCAGGAGAUGAUGACUCACAGAAUGACUUGAAAGUCCAUGAGGAAAACACUACUAUUGAAGAACUAGAGGCUUUGGGAGAAUCCUUAGGACGGGGUGAUGAUCACUAUGACAUGGACAUCAUAACAAAGUUCUUGAAGUUUCUUCUUGGCGUUUGGGCUAAGGAGUUGAAUGCCAGAGAAGACUAUGUGAAACGGGGAGUGCAGGGGAAGCUGAACAGUGCCACGCAGAAGCAGACAGAAUCCUACCUGAGGCCACUCUUCAGAAAGCUUCGGAAAAGGACACUUCCUGCAGACAUCAAGGAAUCAAUAACAGAUAUCAUUAAAUUCAUGUUGCAAAGAGAAUAUGUGAAGGCAAACGAUGCCUAUCUCCAGAUGGCCAUUGGAAAUGCUCCCUGGCCCAUUGGUGUCACCAUGGUUGGUAUCCACGCUCGAACGGGUCGUGAGAAGAUCUUCUCCAAGCACGUAGCCCAUGUUCUCAACGAUGAAACUCAGAGGAAAUACAUACAGGGGCUGAAGAGGCUCAUGACCAUUUGCCAGAAGCACUUCCCAACAGACCCGUCCAAGUGUGUGGAGUACAACGCGUUGUGAGGCUCUGCAGUGGUCAAGCCGUGACUCAAGUUUCCAUCUCCAGGAUCCAGAGAGGGUUGAAGAGACAGCUUGUGCUUUAACACCAACAGAACAUGGGGGGGUGGGCUUUGAGGAAAAGCACAAAGCAGCAGGUUUUCCACAGCUUCUUUUUUACAAGCCCCAUUUAUUUAGAUUUCUCUUUAAAUCUAUACUUUAUCCUGAACACAUCCAGUCUGCAGCAGAGGGGGGAGGUUCGAAG